AUGUCUCGAGGGCAUAUACCUCUUGCCCAUGUCGCCUGAAGUUGAUGUAGUUAACAGAUGAUAUGUCAAAUAUGGACGACAACAAACAAAAACGCGAAAUUUCACCACAAAGACGCGCCGGACCAUCCAACUUGAUCCAAAGUGCAGAGCAGUUGCCAGUUGCCCGAUAGAGGAAACGUGGGCUAGCACUUCUGCAGCGGCUGCUUAUAUAUGCGCCUGGCAUAUGUCUACUCUAAAGAACUAUGUGCCGCUGCCGACCUGCUACCCUCCAACAGAGGAAGAUCUAGUCUGAUUCAUUCCCUGAUCAGUGCAUACAAGCUCCUCUCAUCUGACCAAGUAGUGGUCAUCAAGCCUAAGCCUGCGACCCGGCAAGAGCUACUUGCAUAUCAUGACGAGGAUUUCAUCGACGCCUUACUUUCCGCUGAUGACACGUCAAAUCAGGCAUUGACAGAUGAAGAAUUGGCAGAAUUUGGGCUAGAAUACGACUGCCCGCUCUUCAAGGGCAUCUCAACGUACAUCACGCAUGUGGCAGGUGCGUCGCUCUAUGCAGCAAAGGCACUAUGCUCGCAAUCACACGGUUUCACCGCUGCUGUUUGCUUUGAUGGAGGCAGGCAUCAUGCUCGAAAGCGAGAAGCUUAUGGCUUCUGCUAUAUCAACGACAUCAAUCUGAGCAUCCUGCAGUUGAGAUCAUCAUUUGACCGGGUCAUGUACAUUGAUCUAGAUCUUCAUCAUGGCGAUGGUGUAGAAAGUUGUUUCAAGUACACUGACAAGGUGUUGACUUGUUCGAUACAUCGUCAUGGGCCUGGCUUCUUCCCUCGCUCAGGCUCGGCUGAUGAAACAGGUAAGGGCAAGGGCGAAGGAUAUUCUCUCAAUGUGCCGCUCAAGCGUGGCUUGACCGAUUCGCCAUUUCUGCGAAUCAUCAAUGAGAUUGUCAUACCAGCCAUACGGGCAUACAGACCUGGAGCCCUUGUCGUCCAAUGUGGCGUUGAUGGGCUGCAUGGAGAUCCAUACAAAGAGUGGAAUCUAUCAAUCAACGGCUUUAGCAAAGCAGUCGACCUGAUACAACGGGAGGCGACGUCAAAGAAUAUCAAAACGUUGUAUCUUGGUGGCGGCGGAUACGAGUCGUCCGUCGUGAGCUCAUGCUACGCAACGAUUUUGGCAGUUCUCCUUGACACAAAAGAUCUAUCGCAGGCUAUUCCAGAACACAGCCGAUGGGCUCAAUAUAGCAAGCGUGACUACAGCCUGGGUGGAGAUGAAGUAUCUGGGGUGAUGCUGGAUGCAAAUACAGACAUUUCUGAGGUCAUUGAUCGAGCAGUGCAACAGAUGAGCGUCUGGAAUAUGGACUCUGUCAUGUCUGGCUAGCUCUACAAUGUCUAUAGUACUCAAAGGUAGAGUCAACAACGUAGAGCCACAUCCAGGCCAAGUCGCCCGUGCCCGC